UAUGGUAACAUUUUUGUCAGUUUAAUUUACAGCUCUCUCUGAGAGCGCAGGCUGAAAUUGAAAAGCCGCAACACAACUGCAGCUAAUAACUCAGCUGUCAGCGCGUGUCAGCUGACUGGCUAACUUAAAGACAGCGUUAAAUAGAUAGCGUUAAGGCUAACCACCAGAUAAAAGCGGCGAAAAACAGCGAAUAACGUUUCUCAGUUUCUCCCAAUUUCGCGAUGACCUCGCAUACGCCUUUCCCAUUCAUAACAUGAUUUAACAGUCAGUGCCAUCUCUGUUUCUGAGGCACUACUUACAGCUAACGAAGAUUAGACACCGGUACCUAGCUCGUGCUAACGUUACUGACCACGAGAACCUGACGGAUCACUUCAGGCUGGUGUUGGUGCUCGUGCUUGUUUGUGACCUGAUAGCAAACAAACCAACUUUUAUUUACCAACCCAACCAUGAUUUGUGCAGGGGAUGAAGACGACCCUUUCCCCGUUGAUGACUGUUUGUUUGCGGACACAUUUUCCCAAGAAACCGUGUACACUUUAGCCGGCCAGGAGCUGAAGAUCAGACAGGUGUUCGGUGCUAACCUCGGGGUGGCCGCCCCGGUCUGGGACGCUGCGUUACACUUGUGUCGUUACUUCGAGGAGCAGUGUGUGGAGUUGAGAGGAAAGCGCACCAUAGAGCUGGGAGCAGGGACUGGUGUGGUCGGGAUCUUGGCAGCACGACUCGGUGCAGUCGUGACCCUCACAGACCUUCCUUUGGCUCUCCCUCAACUUCAGGCCAACGUCUCUGCUAACAGACCAUCUGGGGGUUGGCCUUCCACCCUCCCCACCAUCCUCCCUCUGUCCUGGGGUGAAGACCACCUGAACUUCCCCUCCGACUGGGAUCUGGUUCUCUGUGCAGAUAUAAUUUACCUCCCAGAGACUUACCCACUGCUUGUGGAGACACUAGCUCAUUUGUGCAUGAAAGGAGCUGUGGUGUAUCUCUCUUCCAAAAUGCGAAAAGAGCACAAGACUCCAGGUUUCUAUGAAGAAUGUCUGCCAACCAGAUUUAAUGUGGAGCUUUUGCACCGUGAUGACAGUCAAAACAUUAAUAUCUACAGGGCAUCUCUGAGGAAAGAAAGGUGACAGCAGGGGCAAACUCCUGGGACUUGCAUGAGUUAUUGUACGGGGACCAGUUAUGACUCUGGUUUCUUUCGUGCCUUUUUAAAAUAUUUAAAACAAGCAAAAAAAAAAAGUGCAAAAUGCACUGACAAUGCAUCUGACAGGAACAACUUCUUGUUGUUCUCUGUCAGCCUCCUAUCAAGUGACUAAAUUGUUACUUAAAGGCAAUAAGUUCAAGAUGAUUUUGUUUUUUACUUUAAGCUGCAAAUUUCUGGUCUAAUGCAGUUACUGUUAUUUGUAUUGACAAAUGU